CCUCUUCCCGACUACGAGAAGUAAAGAGCGGCUGGAGGACGGUUGCCUGGCAUUAUUAGCAAGCGGGAAGUAUGGCGGCGGCGCGCGUCGACGCGGCUUUGCCUCCUGGAGAAGGACCAGUGGUAAAUUGGUCAGGCCAGGGACUACAGAAAUUAAGCCCAAACUUACCCUGUGAAGUUGAUAUUCAUACUUUGAUUCUGGAUAAAAAUCAAAUUAUUAAACUGGAAAAUCUUGAGAAAUACAGAAGACUAAUACAGUUGUCAGUGGCUAAUAAUCGGCUGGUGCGGAUGAUGGGUGUGGCUAAACUGACCCAACUCCGGGUGUUAAAUUUGCCUCAUAAUAGUAUUGGCUAUGUGGAAGGACUGAAAGAACUAGUACAUUUGGAAUGGCUGAACUUGGCAGGAAAUAAUCUCAAGGCAAUGGAACAAAUUAAUUGCUGCACAGCUUUGCAGCAUCUUGAUUUGUCAGACAAUAAUAUACCCCAGAUAGGUGAUCUAUCUAAAUUAAUAUCACUUAAGACCCUGCUUUUACAUGGAAACAUCAUCACUUCUCUUAGAUUGGCACCUGCUUAUCUACCCAGAGGUCUUGCUAUACUUUCUUUGGCAGAAAAUGAAAUCCGGGACUUAAAUGAGAUCUCUUUUUUGGCAUCCUUAACAGAAUUGGAACAGUUGUCGAUCAUGAACAAUCCUUGUGUGAUGGCGACACCUUCCAUUCCAGGGUUUGACUACCGACCGUAUAUAGUCAGCUGGUGCCUAAACCUCAGAGUCCUGGAUGGAUACGUGAUAUCUCAGAAGGAAAGUUUGAAAGCCGAGUGGCUCUACAGCCAGGGCAAAGGAAGAGCGUAUCGGCCUGGCCAGCACAUUCAGCUUGUCCAGUAUUUGGCUACAGUCUGUCCGCUCUCUUCUGCGCUGGGUCUGCAAACUGCAGAGGACGCCAAGUUAGAGAAGAUUCUGAGCAAGCAGAGGUUUCACCAGAGGCAAUUAUUGAACCAAAGCCAAAAUGAAGAGUCUUCUCUUGCUCCUACUGAAACAAGGGCACCCCUUGUACCCGAGAAUUCAAGCCCUGUUCAGGAUUGCCAGAUAGUCCAGGAAAAUGAACCUGUCAUCCAAGUCAACUCUUGGGUGGGUGUAAGCAGUAACGAUGAUCAGUAUGCUGCGAAGAGUAACUUCCCCGCUGCUUCUGUGCACACUGCAAGAUACUCUCGAAACGACUUGCACCUGGAAGACAUACAGACAGACGAGGACAAGCUGAACUGUAGCCUUCUCUCCUCAGAGUCUACUUUCAUGCCAGUUGCGUCAGGACUUUCUCCAGUUUCACCCACAGUUGAGCUGAGGUUACAGGGCAUUAACUUGGGCCCAGAAGAGGCGGGCGUUUCACCUGAGGCUGUGAAAAGACUGGAAAACCAUGAGUUGGACAAGGAAGAGGAAAUGGCCUUUUGGGCUGCAAAUGGAAAUUCUGUUCCAGUGGUGGAAAGGGUGAUCAGUACAGAUGUAAAUGGGAGAGGGGAGCUGUUCCCUUAUCCUGAGUCAGCAGUUACCAGCGCUUGCUUGAAGGACGGCGUGCACAUGCACAGUCUUACCUCUUUUCCUGAGUCAUUUGGACGCAGUGUCCUCCGAACACUACCAGACUGGGAAGAAACCCUGUCUCAGACACCUUCAGAGAAGCUUCCCUGCCGGGGCUCAGCCCAGAGAUGUGUGGUGUCGGGAGAAGAUAAAGCCACCCUUCAGACAUUGAAUGAGGCGGCCACCAAGCUUCAGGCCUGUUGGCGGGGCUUUCAUGCCCGGAACUUCAACCCGCAGGUCAAAGACGUGCGCUAUGAAAUCCGGCUGCGCAGAAUGCAGGAGCACAUCGUCUGCCUGACUGAUGAGAUUAGGAGGUUAAGAAAAGAAAGAGAUGAAGAACGUAUUAAGAAAUUUGUGCAAGAAGAAGCUGUCAGAUUCCUUUGGAACCAGGUAAGAUCUCUUCAGGCUUGGCAGCAGACUGUGGACCAGCGUCUAAAUUCGUGGCAUACUGAUAAUCCUCCAAUAUCAAGCACUCUGAUGCCAGCAGAACUCCCAGUAAGCACCCAAAGUCAGGAGUUAGCUUCAGAAACAAAUUCUGAUUGGUUCCUUGCACCUAAUGAAGCACCCCAAGAGAAGUCCUUACCAGAAUUUCCAGACUCUGGUUUUCAUUCCUCCAUAACAGACCACACUCACUGUUUACAGGAUUCUUUGGAUUUUGAAAAAAGUUCCACAGAAGGCAGCGAGAAUUCCAUAAUGGCGAAUUCUCUUGACACUGUCAAAUAUGGCAAAGAAUCCGAUUUAGGGGAUGUCAGUGAAGAACACGGUGAAUGGAGUAAGGAAAGCUCAAACAAUGAGCAGGAUAAUAGUCUGCUCGAACAGUAUUUAACUUCAGUUCAAGAGCUCGAAGAUGCUGAUGAAAGGACAAAUUUUGAUGAGGGGGCAGGAGAUGACAGCAAGCUCCCCAUAGCUCACUCCCCUGAAAAAUUAGAAGCUAUGUCUGACGAUGCUUCUGCUGAUGGUUCUCCUGGCAUGUCGCCUUGUGUGGAGGAUGAAGUCAGUCAGACACCAGAGAAUUGUAAAUUAAAUACAGAAGUUCAAGAGCAGCAGUCAGAAUGUGAUUCUUCAUUUCAGGUAUUACCUGUGGGUAUUACUGUGUAGCUUGUCUGUUAUAUGGGAAGCAGAAAUCCACUUAAGAAUUUUUUUGUCAACCUUUUUUUUGUUUUGUUUUGAAGGAGAAUGUUCCCCCAAUUUUGUUACUAUUUAUGUAGUAUUUGUUUUCUUGUUUUGUAAUUUCUGUAUUCUAGGCACUGACUUGAAGAAUAUUUUGAUUUUGUCAGCUUUUUACUUUGCAAACUAUUUAUAGUGAAAGCUUUAUGCACUUUAUUUCCUAACAACUGGUCACGUGUAUUCUUUUUUUCAAAUUUCUUAUUUCUUUUUUGAAAAAUAACUAGAGAGAAAUUUUACCUUAAAAAAUAAAUUGUACAAUUUAAAUUCUGUCUGUGAGGGAAUUAUGUAGCAGAGGCUGUAAGUGGUUAAAUUACACGUAAAUGACAAUGAGGAUUGUGUACUGCUAUUUGCCAGGAUACUUGGAGUAAGAACAUUAAAAUUUUUUUUCUUCCCUGUAGUCCUUAUUAUUGCAAAAUCAAAAUAAAUAACAAAAGGGGUUUGUAUUUUGGGCUGGCGAGACAGCUCAGUGGGCUGAGAGGAUACUGAACCAGUCUUUAGUCUCAGGUGCUACACCUGGUCCCUCUGAGCACUGCUGGGAGCACUUGUGAGCAGAGUCAGAGCAGUUCCUGAGAACUGCUCGGUGUGGGCCCCAGGGCUGCCCCCCUGUCCUGAAACUCUUUAUUAUGAUUUUCUGAGUCAAGAAAAACUUUUAAAUAAGGAAAUAGGGUGGGGGGGGGAAUGAGAUUAUAGGAUUUUUUUUUCCCCAGUGAGAAUUGUCCACAUUGUCUUGUGGAAGCCUGUAACUAAUAUUGUAUCAGGCUCAGGAUGUAGGUGAGUGAGAGUAUGGGCUAUUUCCACGGGGAAAGCCUUGGAUUUGAACCCUGGCACUAAAAUAUAAAAGUUACAUUAUCAGUUUUAAUACACAAAACAGUAUACCGUCCAGAAUUCAGAUCAGGCUCGUUUCAAGAGGCAGCACGGGAGCAUUUUCCUUCGAUGUGAAGAGGGCAGGUACAAGGCUCAGUUCACUGGGAAUAAUGUCACUCGAAACAGUUUUUCUUUUCCUUCGUACUUUUUAAUCCUACAGAUAAACAUUUUUUGUGCCAACAUGUUACCAAAAAUUAAUGUAAUUUUAUGUUUCUACUUUAUAUUUUCUUUGUAUAUUUUAUCAGAAGGUCCACAGUCAUUUACUUUCUCUUCUGUUUUGUGGAGACGGGGAUCAGGCCCAGAGCAGACAUGUGCUUUACCAUUGACCGAGGGAAAUACUUAACUUGGUUUAGUGUGUGUGGUGCUGGGAUUGAGCCCAGCGUCUCAUUCACGCAAGGCAAAUGCUCCAUCGCUGACCUCCUGCUUAACUUUUGAUCUCGGUCUCAUAAUGAAAAACAUUCAUGAUAGUCAAAUAAAAUGAUUUUUAUUUACUUAAAUUUUUGGUUUUUGGGCCACACUUGGUGAUGUUCUGGGGUUACUCCUUGCUCUGCCCUCAGGAAUCACUCCUGGCAGUUUUUUAGGAGAUCAGGGGGGGAUGCUGGGGGUAGAAUACAGGGUGGGGGGCUGCAUACAAGGCAAGCACCUUACCUGUUGUGUUAUCUCUCAGGCCCCAAUAAGAUGAUAUUUUAAAAAGGGAUUGCUUUCUAUCUAAAUUUCUGAAAAAGUGCCACAUUUCAAAAACAAUGGUGGUUAAGAAAAAAAUAAACCUCACAGUAAACUCAUUAAAAAUUUUUUUUAUCUGGGGCUGGAGUGAUAGCACAGUGGGUAGGGCGUUUGCCUUGCACGCGGCCGACCCGGGUUCGAAUCCCAGCAUCCCAUAUGGUCCCCUGAGCACCGCCAGGAGUAAUUCCUGAGUGCAGAGCCAGGAGUAACCCCUGUGCAUCGCCAGGUGUGACCCCAAAAGCAAAAAAAAAAAAAAAAAAAAGAAUUUUUUAUCUGUGACUUCUGGGAGAAGUGAUAGUGUUGUGUUUGAAUAUCAGGUAUAUUUACAAAUAACGGAUAAUUUUUGAAAGCUUGAUAUUUUAUUUAUUUUUUUCUUGGUGAUGGGGAUCAAGCCCAGGACCCCAGACUUGCAAGGCAAGUGCUCUGUCACUGAGAUAGGUCUUCAGCCCAGCAUAAGUUUGUUAUUUUAGUCUUUGAGAAUGCUCUAAUAUCAUUGAACAAUAAUUUCUGAUUUCCCCCAAUCUGUGGGCAUACAACUGCUUAAAACUAUGGCAAUACUUAAGUGAUCUCUAAAUUUAGGUGCUAAAUAUUUAUUCAUGAUUUUGUUUCAGACAUAGAUACACUUUUUUUAAUUUUUAUUUUUUUUUAGGUACUCUUAAUUUAUAUAAAAUAAGAGCUUCUGAUCUUUCAAGAAUAAAGUUAGGGAUCACAUAUUCUACUUUGAUAAUAGUGAAAAAUGUUUAGUAUGAGUAAGGUUUUCCUUGAUGUAUAAAUAUGUAGCACUCAGGUUGAGAAGAUAUGGGUUUCAUUUUCAGAAAUCCAGAAUCUUUUGAAAACAAGUAUUUUCUGUCUCCUAUAAACAAAUCAGCCAUUUUAUGUUUGGAAGGACUUCCUCUAGUGACGCAUGUGUAACUCUGAAUGCAAAUUCAAUAAAAACAGACUUUUUUUUUACUGUUUGAAUAAUGCUAAUUACCUUGGAUGGGUGGUUUUAAAGUUUUUCUUAAAUAUACCCUAUUUUUCUAUUUCACAAUUAAGUGCCUCAUUUGCUGCCUGUAGUUAGACAAAGAAAAACCGCUUGCACUGAACUAGUACCAAAGUACUGCUUCAUGGUGUAUUUAAUUUCUCAUAAAAAUUUCCAAAUUGUUAUGGUUCAGUAUUCCCCAAGCAGGUUUCUGCUUCGUCUUCUCCCUCCCCGACACCCCUUUGUAAGGAGUGGCAGAAAAAACAAUUAUUAUUUAAUUUUUUUUCUUAUGUAAAAAAUAUGUAGACAUAAAGUAUUGGUUUUCAGUACUACGAAGUUUCAUUACAGCUUCAUGUCUCAAUAAAUAUGUAUAUCAUACCACACCUACCACCAAUAUUCUAGCAUCAUUCAUUGCUGAUUGAAUUCAUUACUAAUUGCUAGUUGAACCUAAUUGCCUGUUCCUCCCUUCCACUCCCCUUUUGUACCCAGUAAGUAUUUCAUUGUUAAUCUAAGGCUACUGUGGAAAUCUUUUUCUCUGCCACGGAUGGUCUGGAUCUUUAUAACAUUCUCAGGCCAUCCGAUACAGGCAGACUGGCCUGGGAAGGAGAAGCAGAGUAUUACCCCACACGUAUGAUGUUCUGCUCUUUUUUUUUUUUUUGAAGUAAAUAGAUUUUAUUUAGAGGUUUCUGAGGGAAGGAGGAAGGGAUAAGUGGGAGAGAAUAGUGAAAAUAAUGAAUAGUGAAAAUAAUGCGCUCAUGAGAGAACUCGGGCUUCUCCAAGGGUGGAGGAAGCCCCUACACAUAACCGAGCUUUAGACACAAAAGUACGAAAGCAUGAAAGUACACAUCUCAAGAGGGGAGAUGCGGGCGACACAUGUGCUUGGGCAACACAUGUGCUUGGCCAUGUGGGUGCAAGCAGCACAUGGGCUCAGGCAGCAUAUGCGCCGAUGUUCUGCUCUUUUGACAAACCCUUAUGAAGGUGUGUUUUUACUUCAUUUUAUUUGCUUUGACAGCAAAAUUAUUUCCAUUUUUUUUACUUUCGCUUUAGUUAAUUUUUUUCUAGCACAUAUAUAUUGCUAGCAUCAUUAAAAUUUGACAGAAUUUGAUACUAAUAUUCUACUCUUUAUUUAACUUCUAGUUUUAUGAAGUGCAAAAAUAGGAAGUAGUUCCUAACUUAAUAUAUAGAUUCUUUUGAAUGUUGACGAAUGACAAUAAUGAAAAUUAGAAUUAGGAAAAUUAAAAAGUUGUGGUAUGGAUUUAAUAUAUUUUAAUAGAUUUGUAAUGUAAUUUUUAAAUAAUUUAUGGAAUUAAAGUACUUGGUUUCAGUUAUUGGUCAGGUUAACAGAAAAUCAGAGUCCAGUAAUUUUGAUAAAUUGAUCUUCAACAUGAAGAUCUUUGUGUUUUGUUUUGUUUUUUCCUGAUAGGAAGACUUUAGUUUAGUUGUGCCAUUUUAGUUCAUGUCAGUUCUCUUAUUUUGUGGAAAAUCAGUAUAUUAAUGAAGUAUUCCUGUGACGCACAGAAUUAUACCAUGUGAGAUCUGGAAAGAAUCUUAGAGAAGGUUUUUAUUUCUUUGUUUUAGAAAUGAAGCUGAUGCACAGAGAAGUUAAAUUGCUGGUCUGAUGCUAUUGCUAGUUAGUGUAAAUAAACUGUGAAAACUUAAAACUUUUGUAUCCCAAAUUUUUAUUUUAUAGCAUUAAUCUAUACUUUUAAAAAACUUUUUAUUGAAUCACUGUGAGAUACACCAUUACAAAGCUGUUCAUGAUUAGGUUUCAUUCAUACAGUAUUCUAACACCCAUCCCCUCCACCACUGUACAUUUCCCAGCACCAGUGUCCCCAGGUUCCCGCCUGUCACCCCCACCCCCUACCCCCCUGCCUGCCUCUAUGGCAGGUGCGUUUCCUCCCUCCCUCCCUCCCUCUCUCUCUCUCUUCUCUCUCCUCUCUGUCUUUCUCUCUCCCUCUCUCUCUCCUGUACACUUAUAAGUCAGUGAGGAAAUCUACAUAUUUUUUACUCUUUUUGAAAGAUAAGUUUUUUAGCUAGAACUCUACUGUGUAAGGCAAGUUAUUUGUGGAAAAUAAUUUGUUCAGAACAUUAAAAAAUUUCAAAACAACUAAUUUGAUUUUAGUAGUUUUUAAGAAUAGAAAUAAAAAUUUAAAAAGACUAACUGCAUCUUGGAGUACAUUUAUUUAAUGAUCGAAGUAUGACCGGUUGUUGAACUAUAUAAAAUUUUUUAGUAAAAUUUAGUAAAAUGUUGAGUUUGAUUGUGUUUUGUGUUUAGUUUUACAGAAUAGAUGCUAAAGUUUUGACUCCCUGAUAUACAAAAAACUAAUCACAACAGCUGAAAUAUAUACAAUAUAGCCUGGUUUUAUAAGUUUAGUUAUAAAUGGCCUCAUAAUAUGCAUGUUGUAGGAAACUUCAUUUAGUCACAUAGUUGUUUGUAUAUAUGUAGAUUAGCUAUUCUUGAAUAAGUGAGUGCUGUUCUUAAGUAUAGAGUGUAAAUUUUUCUUUUUGUUUUUGUUGGAUUAUGUUAAGCAUAUAAACAUCAGGAUAGAGUACUUUCCUGUUAUCUACGUAAGACAGGUCUAGUGUCACUUUUUGUAUUUCCAGAAAUACUGUUGACUUGAAAUAUGCUUAAGAUAUCCUUACUCUCUCCCUUGAUUAUUUUUCAUGCAAAUCCUUAAAACUGGAUUUAUAACUAUACAAAUAUGAAACUUUUUUAUAAAAAAAAAGUAAAAAUAUAAAAAUUGUCCGAUCAGUUUCCCAUUCUUAAAUGAAGACUUAAAGGUUUAAUGUAUAUGUUUUUUAGCAUAUACUUUUUGAGGGAUAUUUACUGCAAUAUUUUGACUUUUAACAUAUAUGACCCACUAAUUCAUAAACAAAGCAGAAAGAGUCUGUAAGGAAUAUCCUGACAUUUUAAAUGUUGCUUUCAUUUGAUCAAGCCUAUUGUGCCACUUAAAAAUCAGUAAUUACCUGGGUUCAAUCCCCGGUAUCCCAUAUAGUCCCCCAUCUGGUCCCCCGAGAACCGCCAGGAAUAAUUCCUGAGUGCAGAGCCAGGAGGAACUCCUGACCAUCACUGGGUGUGAUGCAAAAAAAAAAAAAAAAAAAGAAACAAAAAACCCACAAACCCCCAAAUUGGUAAUCAAGGGCUGGAGCAAUAGUAUAGAGGGUAGGACAUUUGCCUUGCACAGAACUACUGACUUUGAUCCCCAGCAUCCCAUCUGGUCCCUUGAGCAUGGCCAGGAGUAAUUCCUGAGUGCAGAUCCCUGAGCAUAGUUGGGUGUGGUCCCAAAGCAAUAAAUAAAUAAAUAAAUAAAUAAGCAGGUAAUUAAGGGGACAGAAAGCUCAAUGGGUUGAAUGCUGUCUUUGUACUUGGGAGGCCUGGCUUUCGGCCAUAGCACCACAUGGUCCCCCACCAGCACUGUGAGAGAGGACCCCAAACACCUCGAUCUGCUGGGUGUGGCAACACACACACACACACACACACACACACACACACACACACUCUUGAAAGCACACACAUCAAAAGAUCUCACAACAUUGGAGCAUUGGAGAGAUACAGAGCUCUGUGUGUAUGCUCUGGUGCUCUUGUACAUUUGUGUGCAUGUUUGUGUGUCUGAGUUUCUUUGUGUUUUGGGCCAAACCUUGUGGUGUUUAGGUCUCAUUUCUGGCACUGCGAUUAGGGAUGGUUCCUGGCAAGGCUCGGGGUACUCUGAGGUGUGGGGAUUGAACCUGCUCCCCCAGCCUGGACGGGGGAGAAAUGUUUAUUUUAAAAUGAGGUGCUUUUAGUUUGUGAACAGAAAUAAUAUUUAUGUUUAUUUCCAUAAUUAUUUAGCUGACAACAGAAGUCAUUCUGUAGUUGCUCUAAUUGAAUUUUUUGGUUUUGUAAUCAUUUUAAAUGUUAAUGAGUUUAAAAAUAAUUUAAUUUAAAACAGUUUGAUUUUGUAUUAGUUUAAAUUCUCUUUAAUUUAAUUGUAUAUAUAGUGAAUGAAUUAAAUAUUUUUGAUCUGUUCCAUGAAGUUUUCAGUAUUUUAUAUUGUGCUUAUUUAAUUUGUAUUUGCAUCUCUAAUUUUAAAUAAAACCUUUGUAUAUUUGUUGGA